AUGCCGUCGUGGAAGGAUGGAGAGGAGAGCAGCGAGGAGGAGGAGCUGGUCGGCAUGGAUCUGGAGCAGCACUGGGCGAACCCUGGCACCACUAUAGAUGCAUCCUUCUGUGGUAGAGCUGCAGAUGCAAGCAUCACAUGUAGACUGCACUUGGCCCCAUGCAUGAAAUAUGUUGCAUUUGAAGGAAAGGACACUGGGAGGAGGUUCUAUGGAUGUGUUGUUCCUCAGUUGCAAGAAUCAAAUUGGGUUGAUGCCCCAUGGCCUUCUAUUCUGCAAAGAUGUUUGGAGAAGAUAUGGGAGAUGUUUCAUGAGGAGAAUCAUGGCAGAAUGAUUGACCAUGAGAAGUAUAAGAAAGAGUUGGACAAGGUCAACAAGCAGUUGGAUACACUUGGGGAUCAGUACAAUCAGAACAACAGGGUCAUGAGUGAUGAAGAGUUCAAGCAGAAGCAGAUGGAUGUGGACAAGGACAUGGAGAAGCUAGCUAUCAGCAAGGAGAAGCAGAGUGCUGACUUUGGCAAGAUGAAGGAGAUGGAGAAGCUGGCUCAGGAGCUGAAGGAGAUGAAGUGCAUUCUUAGGUCCUAG